UUCAAAACAAACAUGUAAGCUGUCUAACCAGCAGCUGUUUCGCUGUACUUCUGCUCAUUUGUUAGAGCUCCGUCGAGUUUUUGUUAGAUUUAGAUUUUUAUGCUGAUAUUUAGAAAGUUUUUUUUUUUGUCGAUAUUUUUACAGAAUAAAGUUCGACAGUAGAUUUUGGUUUUAAAUUUCGCGCUGUUUCCUCCGCCUCUGUUCAGCUCGCCUCUGAGUUAUGGAGGUUUGGUUCCCGCUGUCAGGUCGGGAACAUAAAGAAGCGAGAGUGGAUUUUAUUCCAGUGAUUGUUUAAUCGGCAGAGACAUUUUUUUUUUUUUUUUAAUGGAGGUGACGGACAUUGGAAACAAAGAGGAAGGGAAAGUAUGGCAUCGUAAACCAACACCCGGCAAAAGCGUGUUGGCGACGGUGGUCCGCACUGCUCAGCAGUCCAAGACGGUGCGUUUCCUCCACGUGUCCUUCGACACCACGGGGGACUCUUUUCUGGCCGGAGAUCACCAUGGCAACAUUUACUUCUUUGACAUCAGUAGAAACAGGUUCCGCUUGGUGCAGAGGACAGGACAAGCUUGUACUGCUCUGGCAUUCAGCCUCCGCAGGACAACAGAGUUUCUUGUUGCUCUGGUUGACCACACCAUCAAAUGCUUCGACAAAGACACGAAGCAGCUGGUCAGCUGGAUGAGAGGUCACGAGGGAGCCGUCACUUCCAUAUCCGUCCACAGCUCAGGCCGAUACGCCAUCACGACAUCAUCAGACACAGCUCAGCUCUGGGACCUGGACACCUUCCAGAGGAAGAGGAAGCUGAACAUCAGACAGUCUGUCGGCAUACAGAAGGUUUUCUUCCUCCCCCUCAGCAACACCAUCCUCAGCUGUUUCAGCGACGACUCCAUCUUUGCGUGGGAGAGCGACACCCUGUUCUGCAGGUACCAGCUCCCCGUUCCCGACUCCGGACCCAGGAUCUUUUACAAGGCCUUUGCCGUCACACGGGACGGUAAAAGCCUUGCUGCCGGGGGCCGCUCCAACCUGCUGCACCUGUGGUGCCUGGAGAGCCAGCAGCUGGUCAGGGUGAUCCAGAUGCCGUCUCAGGUCCGAACUGUCAGGCAGCUGGAAUUCCUGCCUGAAAACUUUGAUGGAGGAGCCAGCCAGACUUUAGGGGUGUUGAGCCAGGACGGUGUGAUGCGGUUCAUCAACAUUCACACAUGCAAGCUUCUCUUCCACAUGGGCUCCGUGGACGAAGCCAUCACCGCCGUCGCCGUCGGCCCCAACGGCCGACACAUCGCAGCCAUCAUGGACAACGGACGCAUCAACAUCUACAGCGUCCAGAGCCUGACGCAGGAAUUGAGCAAGCCUCUUCCGUCUCGGGUAGCCGUAGUCUCUGGCGGCGGAGCUGGUCACGACUUUUCCAACAUAAAGAUGAAGGUUAGGUCAGAGGCGGUCCGACCAGCCAGGCGAUCAGGCAGAGGAACACAGGUGAAGAUACUGAGACCCCCUGCAGGGUCUUCAGCUGAGGACAAAGAGAACGAACUACCUGCUGGCCUGAACAAGAAGAGACUUGUAGCUCUGCUGAAAGCUUUUGGGGAAUUUCCAGCUAAAUACAGGAUGUUCGUGUGGAAGUCUCUGCUGUGUCUCCCAGAGAACCACGCAGCGUACAGCAGCCUGACCGACAAAGGCCUGCAUUCAGCCUUCCUCACUCUGCAUGACAAGUACCCAAUCAAGAGCCACAAACUGCAGAGAGGAUUGCAAAGGCUUCUAUCUGCCUUAGCUCACUGGGCAGCCAUUUUUGCAGAGGUGGAAUAUAUUCCUCUGCUAUCGUUUCCUUUUGUCAAGCUUUUCCAGAACAACCCCAUGCUCUGCUUUGAGGUGGUGGCCACCGUUAUCGUGAACUGGUGCCAGCACUGGUUCGAGUAUUUCCCCAACCCUCCUCUGAACAUCCUGAGCAUGGCGGAGAACAUUCUGGCUCAUCACGACAAGGAGCUGCUGCAGCACCUGAUGGACUGCGGCAUCACCUCGCAGCUGUACGUGUGGCCGCUGUUGGAGACCAUGUUCUCCGAGGUUCUGACGCGCGACGAGUGGCUCCGGCUGUUUGACAACGUCUUCUCCAACCAUCCGUCCUUCCUGCUGAUGGCCUGUGUGGCCUACGUCAUCUCCUGCCGGGAACCUCUGCUGCUGUGCUCCCAGAAGAAGGACUUUGAGUACUUUUUUCACCAUCGUAACAACCUGGACGUUGGGGCGAUGAUAAAGGAGACUUACAGGAUUACUGGCAGCACACCGGCUGCUAUCCACCCCCGAACCCUGCUCUCCGACUUUACGCCCCUCACCGGCGGCCAGUACCCCAUCUUCAACCAGUACCCAGAAUUCAUAGUGGAAUACCAAAGCAGGGAAAGGGAGCGAAUACGGCUGCAGGAGAUGGAGUAUCUAAAAGAAAGGGAGGAGUUGUCGGCACUGCGAGCUGACUUUGUGUGCCGCCAAGCUGAAGAGAAAGCCUACUACAUCCAGCAGGAGUUGCUUCAGAAAGCCGAGGAGCAGCGCAGAAACAUCCUGGCACAAGAGGAGGAGAAGCUCGCACAGCAGAGGACCAAGCUGACGGCUAUGAAGAGAGAGCUGAAGGUGAAGGAGCUGCACCUGCUGGACGCAACCAGAAGGCGCUUCCUGAAGCACCAACAGGAUCUCCGAGCCUCGCAGAUAGAGAGGCUGGACCAGGAGAUCAACAGGAAGAUGGAUCAGCGGGAGCAAGAGACGGCCGCAGCGGUUCAGGAUCUAGAAGUCAGACAGAUGGAGCUGGAGGUGCAGAGGAAACGGCUUGAGCAGGACCUGAUGAAGAAGCAGGAGCGCGUCGGACGAGAGGUUGAAGAGGCGGUGCAGCUGAAAAUGAGAGCUGCAGAGAGAGCAGAUGAGACUGGCCCAGAGCUGCUGCACGGCGCAGAGAGCAACCUGCAGGCCCUGGAGGAGUCCCUGGCAGAGGCGUACCAGCUGGGCCUAGAGUCGGACUGGCAGAGAGAGGUGCUGGGGCGCCUGCAGCAGGUCGAAGCUGAGCAGGAGAGGAAGAGGGAUCUGCUGGCAGAGCUUCGAAGAAAAACUCUGGCAGAGGAAGAGAAACUGGCUCACACCGUGAGAGAAGUGGCAGGAAGAAAAUGGGAUGAAGUGAUGAAUAGCAGAGCAGAGUUACAGGAGCAGCGACUGGCCUGGUCCACAGCAGACACAGAAGGAGAGAGACUUCUUCACAGACCAGCUGCUUCUGUUGCAGCUAAAGGUGUAAAUACAGCCACAACGAGGAGCUCUGCCGCCACCCAGAGGCAGGAAGGCGCCAGCAUGGUGUGUCUCAACAGCACUUCACCUUCAGGGAGCUCCACCACCAACUUCUCCCUGGACCGCGGCCGGGCCCUCUUGGACAGCAGCGAGAGGGAGCUGCUGAAGGAAAUCAGGGAGCUGAGACAGAAGCUGGCAGCGCGAGCCAGAGAGUCCUCCUCACCGUCUGUGCCCACGCCGUCCUCGGUGUCCUAGUGACCACCGGCUGCCUUCUGUCGUCUACCCGUUUAAGGAAACAUAUUCUGAACCUAAGCUCACUGCAGCAAAACACAAACAGUGACUCAGACCGUGGAGCGUGCUGACUGGCUGCUGCGUGUUUGUGAACCAUCCGCCCUUCCAUCUCUGACAGGUUGUGGGUUUACUUCACGCAGACGAACUCAUGCAUGAGAAGAUUCUUUAACAACAUCAUUGAGCGCAGUUAGAAGUUUAAUUUAUUUCAGUUCUGGGGAGCAUUUUGUGAACAAAAGAUAAAAUGCUUCUCCUGCCUGACGUUGUUCCUGCAUCUUUUACGGUCUUUGUUGAAGAACACUUAUUAGUUUUUUGCUGACGAAGGACUUUUCAAAGAGCAGGCAGUCCAGAUGGAUCAAGUUGAGCCGUGUCAGAUUGGUGAUGUGUUUGCAUUUCUGAUUUCCACUACCUACUCACUCUGAACUUCUCCGGUAUUUUCUGUACUUGUGACCUCAGCGUGCGUAAUAUACAGACUGAAACCCUCUGACAAGGAAGGAGCAACAACUUUAAACACAGGAGCAUAAUUUAGGGGCACAAUGAGCAGUCUGACUUCAGAUUUCUGCUGCAGUAAACGGUACAGUAUGAACUCUUGCAGCCCUUGUAACCCUAAUAAGUGGCCGUAACUACUAUAGUUUACUUAUUUUAUAUUUUCUUUUGUAAGAGCACCAGUGCUUUAAUUUGAUCUUUUAUUAUCUUUAUUAUAUCGAAGGUGUUUUUUUUUAUAUUUGUCUCGUUUAAAGUCAUUUUUGAUAAAGUCGCCAGUAUUGGGUCUGUUUUAUGGUAACUUUUGAUUCCCAUUUUUCUCAUCUUGACACAUUUUAUAAUGAUUUCCUCACAUUUGACCUAAAAUACGCCACCUGAGCAUUUUUCAAAAGCGGCCGCUGCGUGACCAAAGCAUCCUCCUUUUGGCAGGGCAGCAAAAAGCUACAAUUAUCUACUGAAGUUGUUGCAAAGACUCGUGUUGAACUUUUAAAUCUGACAGGUGGCAUCAAUGCAAAGCAAAACCAAACCAGAAAAACCUCCAAAAAGGUUAAGAAAAAAAGAACUGCAUUGAAGACAGAGCCGAGAACAGAUGCCCGUCAGCUGGAGAUCUGCUUAAAUGUAUCAUCAUCAGUGUAAGAAACAGCCUACCCUGUGCUUUUGUGUCUCUGCUCCUAAUCCAUGUCUAGGUGUGUCUACCAUUGAACCAAAAGCCAAUCAGCCGUUCUUUGACAGGAGCCGAAGUGACAGCCAUCUUCAUUCCAGUCACUCAUUCGUGUCCAUCCAGCUUGAAUCUGCGCUCAUCAAGCUGUUUCAGGCCUGGGAACAAAACUCUACGUCUGCUGUGCUGAACUAUUAACCACAUUAGGAGGCACUCAUGAAUGUUUUCCUUCUGCCUGUAAGAAAACAGGCAGUAGUGUGUUUCUUUCCUUUAAUUACACACAGAUAUACAUUCCUCUCAAUUGUUUUUAUUAACUUCACAUACAUAAUAGGAUGCUGAACUGUUUUGGAACCUUGAAAGAGCACGCAUACUUCCUGAACCCCACGAUUUGUCAGGAUUCUGCCACAAGCUUUAAUAUAUUUCAUUUUUAAUGUGAUUGAGCAACGCAAAGCAGCACAUAACUGAGACGUUGUGCAGCUGUUUUAUGAAGAUUACAGAUGUUUGGGGUUUUUUUUAGAAAACGAAUCGCAUCACGAAAACCAAGGAACACAGCAGACAGGCCAGAAGAAAGUCCUGGGCUGAUUUAAAGCAGAGUUAAUUUAUGGAACAAUUUCCCAAGCUUUAACCAUCUCAUGUAAAAAAAAAAAAAAUUCCAAUAUAUUGCCCAAAAUUGGAUAGAGUCUGGGCACAGCUGCAAAUCUGCAGAUUAGGGAGGCAAAAACUAAAACCCCCAGAAAACUUUUCGUCCAGUUUAAGGUUUGCCACAGGCUGUACUGAACACAAAUACUCUGGCCAGUUUAGACCAAUAUCUAGUUUUUAGACCUACAUCCAAAAUACCACGUGUGCUUUCUGUCUCCACUGUGAAACAUGGUGUUGGAAAUAUCAUGCUGUGGGGAGUCUUUUUUUGUUUCAGUGACAGGAAAGCUGAUCAGAGUUGAUGGGAGUGUCACUUUCAUAACAACCUUAAACAUACAGCUAAGAAAAAAAGAACAACACACUCGUUUCUUUCAUUAUUGCCUCAAAUAGUUAAAGUCCAUAUCUAAAUCCAACUGAGAAACUUUCAGCCUGAGCUGAAGAAAAAGUAGCAAAAAGUCCCUCGAUGUGGUGACAUAUGCUAAAAGACAGUCUUGACUCAACUGAAUAUUAGAUUUACUAAUAUAUAUCAUAUCAUUAAUAUAUGUCAUUAUUACAACAGUAUAAGUCU